CUGUAUCCCGUGCCUGUAACCUUUAUGUCUGCGUCAUACUGUGGCCUAAUUAAGGCAGCAGCAGGUGUGAAAAUAACAGCAGUGCGAGUCAGCAGUGAGGACCAGUGGGCGGUCCAGGAGGAGAUCGACAGUGACGGCGACCAGACCACGGCCACGCUCACCUGCGUGGGCCACCUCCCGGACGCACAGAGCAGGGCCAACGGCUCCUUCUACGAGCUCUUGCAAGUGGACUUUGGGAUCGACAACAGCAGCGGCCUGGCGGGGGCCCAGCAGAUCACCUGGCAGGUGGAGUACCCGGUGGAGGACACCACGAGUGAGCUGGUCGUGGCCGAGAUCUUUGUCAGCCAGACGUCCUUUGUGGGCAUCGUCCCCCUCGCCAUGGACACAGAGCUGCUGAACACGGCCAUCCUCACGGGAAAGGCAGUCUCGGUGCCGGUCAAGGUCGUGGCCGUGGAGGAGGACGGGUCCGUGGUGGACGUGUCUCUGGCGGUGGAAUGCAGGUCUGCAGACGAGGACGUCAUCAAGGUUUCCAACAACUGUGACUCCAUUUUUGUGAAUGGGAAGGAGAUGAAGAGCAAGGUGGACACGAUUGUGAACUUCACCCACCAGCACUUCACCUCGCAGCUGGAGGUCACGGUGUGGGUGCCCCGACUGCCGCUGCAGAUCGAGAUCUCAGACACGGAGCUGAGCCAGAUCAAGGGCUGGAGGAUCCCCGUGGCCGCCAACAGGAGGCCCACGCGGGAGAGCGAGGACGAGGAGGACGAGGAGCGCCGGGGCCGCGGCUGCUCUCUGCAGUACCAGCAUGCCUCGGUGCGCGUCCUCACCCAGUUCGUGGCCGAGGCGCCCGACCUGGGGCAGCUGCGGUAUCUGCUGGGCCCCGACUGGCAGUUCGACAUCACGGACCUGGUGACGGAGUCCAUGAAGGUGGAGGAGCCGAAGGUCGCGCAGCUGCAGGAGGGCAGGACGCUGGUGGGCCGGGAGCCAGGCAUCACCACUGUGCAGGUCCUCUCACCGCUCUCUGACUCUAUCCUGGCAGAGAAGACGGUCACCGUCCUGGAUGACCGUGUCACCAUUGCGGACCUGGGCGUGCAGCUGGUGGCCGGCCUGUCCCUCUCCCUGCAGCCCCACCGAGCCGACAGACGGGCCCUGGUCUCCACGGUGGCCGCCCAGGAUGCCCUCCAAGUUCCACAGCAGGAAGCCAUAGUCAGCGCUUGGAUUUUGUUCAGCGACGGUUCGGCGACGCCCUUGGACAUCUACGACCCCAAGGACUUCUCCGUCACCGUCUCGUCGCUGGAUGAGAUGGUGGUGUCCGUCCCGGCAAACCUCCAGUCCAGAUGGCCGGUGGUGCUGGCCGAGGGCGAGGGGCAGGGGCCCCUGAUCAAGCUGGAGAUGAUGAUCAGUGAGCCCUGUCAGAAGACCAAGAGGAAGAGUGUCCUUGCCGUGGGCAAAGGAAACGUCAAAGUCAAAUUCGAGCCCCAUCUGGGUGAGCACCGAGGCAGCACCAACGACAUCCAGGACAUUCACCGGGAGUACAAAGACCAGCUCAGCAACUCCAUCCAGCGCGAGGGAAGCCAGGAGCGGGCCGUCCAGCAGUGGCCCCGGCCCGGCACCUCCGCGGGCCACGAGGAAGGCGCCAACAGAAGCACAACCUCGCAGCCGUCCUCGGAAGGGCAGGGCCGGAAGUCGCUCAAGAGCGGCGGCCCCGACGCCUUCACCAGCUUCCCCGCCCAGGGGAAGUCCCCGGAACCCAACAAUCCCAGUGACCUUACAGUGACCUCCAGGGGCCUAACUGACCUGGAGAUCGGCAUGUACGCGCUGCUGUGCGUCUUCUGCCUGGCCAUCCUGGUCUUCCUCGUCAACUGCGUGGCGUUCGCCUGGAAGUACAGACACAAAAGGUCGGCUGUGAGUGAGCAGGGCAACAUCCCCCACUCCCACGACUGGGUGUGGCUGGGGAACGAGGUGGAGCUCCUGGAGAGCCCCGUGGACGUCACCCUGCCGUCAGAGGAGUGCACCAGCAUGGUGGACCGGGGCCUGCAGUUCGAGGAGAGGAACUUCCUGCUCAACGGCAGCUCCCAGAAGGCGUUCCACAGCCAGCUGCUCAGGCCUUCCGACUACGUGUAUGAGAAGGACGUUCACAGCGAGCCCCUCAACUCCGCGGGCCCCAAGAGGAAGCGCGUCAAGUUCACCUCCUACACUACCAUCCUGCCGGAGGACGGCGGCCCCUACACCAACUCCAUCCUGCUGGACAGCGAGGACAGCAUCAAGUGGGUGUGCCCGGACAUGGGGCUGGGGGGCUCGGAGGACUUCCGGGACUACGUGGGGAGGCUGCACGAUCCGCUGUAACCCCUUUCUUAUGUUCGUAUUCACCUUUAUGCCUUCUGUUUUCUGGGCGGCGGGGCAGAGAGCCGGUGGGCAAUAGGGGGUGGCUGGAUGGCGUCUCGGCAGGGGGGCGAGUGGGGCCCUUCCACGCGGGUGGUGGAGCCCUGACCGUGGGUGGAGGGCCAGUGGGCAGGCUCGGCCCUAGAGAGCCACAGCCCUCGGCUUUGCCCGCUGACCUGCAUCGUCCCGACCUCAGCCGGCAGCUGCGUGAACUGGAGCAGGCUCGCGUGUUGGCUUUUCUAUUCCUAGACCUUUCAAAGCACAGUGGACGCUUCCUGCCCUUGGCCUGAGUGUGGACAGAUGGACGGACGGUGGCUGACUGUGGGCCCCUUAUUUGUUAGGAGCGACGCUCGAUAUUUUUAUAUGCUUUUGCACCUGCUCCUGGUUCCUGUGGCCUCCAGGAUUCUUUUGGAAACACAAAGGACAGAAAUGUCUUCUGUCCGUGGAGCACCAUGGGACAGUGUCUGAGUCGCUGAGGUUGGCAUGCCCUGGAUGGCCACAGGGGUUCAGGUCUCUGCCAGUGUCCACCUGCCGGUCGGGGACCAGGUGGCCUGAAAUGCGCGUCCUUGCUCUGUCCUUACUUCUCUCUGUUCAGGAACCUCUAUUUCAGCUUGGGGCGAGGGGUUCACUUAGGGCAGCACAUGGGCGGCCAGGGCCGUCUCUCCAGGGUCACGUGAAAGACAGAAAGCAGGGAAAGUCAUGACCCACAGAUGUGGGGUUUUUCCUCCUCUGCUUUUGAAGAUUUCUGGGCUCUGACUGCAUCCUCAGGCAGAAACACCUCGAAAAAGCCGUAUUUGUUUCACUGCUGCACGGGCCGCACUGUUUAUCUCCAGACUGAAGCUGCAUGUAGAAUCAAAGCGCUGGGAAGGAAGAGGUGUCGGGGUGUUUUCAUGCAGCUUCCAACUUUACCAGAAGAAUGUUUCAACUUUCCAUCAUGUGGGGAUCUGCCCUGCAGUGGGCCCACCGAGACCCUCACCAGUGAUGCUGGAGAAGCACAUCUGAUCCCGGUACACGCAGAGGGAGAGGCCUGGGUUCCCCCAAAAGUCAUAAAAAUAAAGGACCAUCCAGGUCUCAAGAAGUGGUGACGAUGAAAGUCCCCGGCACUGGACACCACAGCGGCCAGAGCAAAAGCAAGCCCCCAGGACUGAAAUGAGGGCGCUUCCUGGCUGGGGUGGGGCUGCAGGUGCACUUCAGCGGGGAAGCAGGGCACACUCUCUCUUACGGGGGUGGGAUAGCUGGAGGAGAAGGCACAGCCAGGGCCUUCGGACACGCUUUCCUGAGUCACUUCAGAGCGGGGCUGCUGGUGAUCACAGCAGCUCCCCAAACCUCCUGAGGGCCCCUCGACUUCAGGGGUGCCUACGCUAGGCCUCUGCUCAUUCUCUGAAGGUCUCUGCACAGGGCCGUUCAGAGUGCCCAUAGAACCACUGCUCAUUUGUGCAGUGACUAGGUCAGCCUGGGGCCCAGAAUUGGGGUCCAGCUGUUCUUGCAUCUAAAAUGAGAGCUGGGGAGCAAAGUUGGAGAUGUUCUAGUCAUUUCCCCUCCCUACCGCCCUUUGGCAGGAAGAAGCCAGACUUCCAGGCUCGUGGCUUCAAAAACAUUCGCGGGUGGCUGCCACCUGGAGGAGCCCCCACAGUGCAGGGAGUCCAGUGGGGGUGGCUUCGAGGGAGCCCACGAAAAGAUCCCCAUUGGUGGGAACAGCUCCUCCGAGUGACCCGCAGGCCUCCCCCAGGCCGAUCCUCUCUGCCACGGGUCCCAUGGGUACUAGGUGGGCAUUACUGUCCCCCGAGCUGCUGGGUACUUCGUGGGCUUGUAUUGACUCAUUGGUUCAAAAUACCAGAUGGGCAGGGUGGGCGGGGCCUUGCCACACCAGCCGCCCUGCGCACCUGUGGGCCGGAGAGCCAGGGUGAGCGCGAGCCGGGCGUGUUGCCUGACACCCACGCUGGGGCUCCGAUGCCGCCUCGGGCCAGCUCCACGGAACUGCACGGAGACCUUUCUGCUCUAAACGGUCCUGGCGGACCAGACCGGACAAGGUGGAUUCCAGCCACUUGUCUCCAGCUGGUCACGCGACAACCAGUGGGACCUCAGCUCAAAAUUCUAUCCCAAAGCAAGAGCCAGAUGGCCAAGCUGCAAGACUGGGAAUGUGGUUUCCUGGGGUCUGUGCGGGACACUGCUGGGGUCAGCACCUGCAAGUCCUUCCGAGCCCAAGAAUGGAGUCCGAGGACUCUGAGGGGUCACAGGCAGUGACUUCUGUGCUCCAGAUGCUCUGGAGGCCGGCUGACUUGCAGGGGUGGGGGGGUGGCGGCUGUGGCACCCCAGUUUCCAGGCUCCUGCGCUGCAUCCCAAGCUGGUGACGGGAAUUGAAGCUCUUUUGGGGUGAACCCUGGGGCGCUGUGUUUGAGAAGACACAGGAAAGACGCCAGAGGCCCCAGUAGUGAGUCCUAGUUCUGUGUGCAGGUCGGGGCUGACCUCCUGGCCUCUUCCCCUGGGGCACACUGGCCAGCCAGCCCCUGUCCCUGGUGUCCAGCAGAUGCUGGGGGGACACUCCUCCUGCCUAGCUGUGCCCACUGGUCGCCACGGAGCACCUGCCCUCGGGCUUGGCGCCACCAGCCCUCUUCUCCUUCACAAAGACACCCCCCUGGGCUGGGUGUCAGGGCCACAGGAGAGAUUCUGCCCCAACUUCUGCGACCCCUGGGGGUGGUUCCAUCUGGGUCCUCCGUGGCCUCAGCACCGUGGUGUUUGCACAUCUCAAAAAUGACCUCUGGCAGAGAGUGGCCCGAGGCGGACACGCUGGGCAGGACACGCAGCUCUCACUGUCCUCGGGCAAUACCGAAGCGGAGAUGCGGAAGCGCCCCUCCAAGUCAAAGCCCGCGGGCGCUUGCUGGUGGGUGCACGGAAGUCCCACUCGGAGCUCCCCGCCCAGCCCCCCUGCGGCGGGGUUGGGAGUUGGCUGGGAAGGGGCGCUGCUCGGGGGUCGUGGAUGGAGCCUGCCAGAGCAUUUCGAGCUUACACUUCAUGACUUUGGGAUUUUUUUUCCUUUUUCCUUUUUUUUCUGGAAAUACUGCAGAAAUAAAGUGACUUCAUUUUCCAGCAUAAAAGUAUAUUCUAACCACAGGGUAACUCAU